CAUGGCAACUCUUCCAGUCCAUAGCCCUUUAUCUUUUAUAAUCUCCUCUGGGUGCUGCAGGCUGUUAAACGCCCGUCCUGCGGCAGAAAAUGGCUUUACCACUGCUCAUUCCCUACUAAUGCUCUUGCCACUCAACAGUGCUGAAGAACGACUUUCUCAAUCUCAUUAAUGAAAUACAUAACCUUGUGAUGACCCACCCUUAUCGGGAAGGAAGCACCUUCUCUGGGCUUCUACAAAGCUCCACAGUGGAUACAAAGCAAAUUAGUUCUGUAAGCAUCCCUCCCUUUUUAUUUGAAGCCAUUUUAUAUGCUCCUAUUGAUGACACAAACAGCACAGCCAAGAUUGGAAAUGGAAACAUUUUCUUCACUUUGUAUAAAAAAGAACCGGCCUUGUGGGAUUCCCUAACUCUAGCCAAUGCUGACAAGGAGAAACUACAAUAUCUGAGAGAGAAUGCUGUUCUAAAAGCCCAAGAAAAGGCAAAAGAGGAGACGGAAGCAAAAAAAAUUACAAAACAGGAACACAAAAAAUAUGCUUUGGAGGCCACAAUGAAGCUAGAAGAAGCAGAAAGAAAAAGAAUUGAAGCUCUAAAAGAAAAGGAGCGGCAGAAGGUUGCUAAAGAGUUAGAGUUAUGGAAAAACCAACAAAAAGAUAGUGAUAAAUACAAGAGCAUACAAAAAAAGGAGGAAUUACAUCAAGAAAUAGAGCCAUUAGAAGAGAGAAAAAAUGAAAAAAUGAACAAAACUCGGAUACCUAAUGAAGGAAGUUCUAAGACAAGACUCAAAUCCACAAGAGGUCAUGGCUCCUGUAGUAUAUUUUCACAGAAUUUAAAGGAAGAACAGUUACCAGCUCCCCGAGUUGCUGCUACAAUUAAAGUCAACUUUACACCACGAGUUUUUCCCACAGCUCUGCGAGAAUCUCGUGUUGCAGAAGAGGAGGAGUGGCUACACAAACAAGCAGAAGCUCGAAGAAUAAUAAAUUCUGAUUUAUCUGAGCUGGAAGAUUUAAAAGAAGAGGAGAAGAAUCCAGACUGGUUAAAGGACAAAGGAAACAAAAUGUUUGCAAUGGGAGACUACCUUGGGGCUGUAAAUGCCUAUAACCUUGCAGUGAGGCUGAACAAUAAACUUCCCCUGCUGUACCUGAACCGUGCUGCUUGCCACCUUAAACUGAGAAAUUUGCACAAAGCUAUCGAAGAUUCCUCCAAGGCACUGGAACUGUUGACACCACCUGUUCCUGAUAAUGAGAACGCUCGAGUGAAAGCCCAUGUGAGACGUGGAACAGCGUUUUGUCAGCUGGAAUUAUACACUGAAGGCCUUCAGGAUUAUGAAGCAGCUCUCAAGAUCGAUCCUAGAAAUAAAAUUCUAGAAAAAGACGCUGAGAAGAUUCGACAUCUAAUUCAAGGAACAAUGCAAAGUUCUUAAUUAAAAAAAGUAUAAAAAAGAAACUUUGAUGCCUUUGAGGACAUCAGAAGGAAUCUUAUUUCUCUUCAGUGUGUGUGUUACCUAGACAUUUUUCUGCUUCACUUGGAACACUAACAAAUUUGGUAAAAGAUUGGGUAUAUUACUGGGAAGUAUAGUAUUACAAACAUGAUUAGAUAUAUUUUAUAUAAUUUUGGUACAAAGUUGUUGUAUUUUUGCUUUUUUUUAGCAUUCUGUAUUACUCUGACAAUCUGAAACCCUGGACUUGAAGCGGUUCCUUUUUGUUAAGUGUUCUUUCCAAAAUGGGGCCAUUUCAACUACACUUCUUUCAGUAGCAGUUUUAGCAGACUUCUGAAUUUUCUGCAUCAGUCUCUUUCCUGAAUACCAUUUCUGACUGAUUUCUGUCUUUAUAAUAAAGUAAUUAUCAUGCAGAUAUA